AUGAAGACCAUCUCCUUCCUCCUCCCCCUCCUCGCAGCGACCUAUGUGUCUGCGCAUGGUUUCCUGAACCAGAUAACGAUUAAUGGCAAGACAUACCGAGGAAACAAGCCCAACCAGCGUAACGACCCCAGCGUUAUCCGUCGAGUCUCGUCGCCCAACCCUAAUUACGGCGCGAACAACGCGGCCUUGACCUGCGGCCCCAACUCCAUCGCUGGCUCGCUUGUGGCCGAUGCCAAUCCAGGCGACACCGUCACCUUCGACUGGCGAGGCGUCAAUCUCAGCCCCUGGCCGCACAGCACCGGACCCAUGUUGACCUACAUGGCGUCGUGCGGUUCCACCACCUGCGACAAGUUCAACCCCACCAACGCCCGGUGGUUCAAGAUCGGCCAGGCUGGCAAGAAGAGCAACGGACAGUGGUUCCAACAGGAUCUCAUGAGCGGACAGACUGCCUCGGCCACGAUCCCGAAGACACUCGCGCCCGGGAACUACCUCAUCCGGCACGAGAUCAUCGCGCUGCACCUUGCCUCCAGCGGCCAGGCGGAGUACUAUCCUGCCUGCGCCCAGCUCCGCGUCGGCGGCAACCAGACCAGCAGGCCCAAGGACAGCGAGCUCGUUAGCUUCCCAGGUGGCUACAAGGACAGUGACGCCGGUAUCCGCCUUAACCCCUACACCAACGCGAAGUACGUCUUCCCUGGACCCGCUGUUGCCAGCCUGGUCUCUGGUGGCGCUGCUACUCCCUCUACCGGCAAUGGAAAUGGGAAUGCCAACACGAGCAGCAGCGCUCCUGCUAGCUCUACGAGGGCUAGCAGCUCCACGAAAGUUAGCACCACGACGGCUAGCAGCACCGCGACGGUUCGCAGCACCACGAAGACCACGUCGGCCAAUGCCUCCCAGCCCACGAAGGCUUCAUCUGGAGGCUGCAGAGCCAGGCGCGCGAAGGUCAGGCGCGGCCCCGUCGACGCCGACACCCUCGCAGACGACGAGGAGAUCAUCGUCCGCCGCCCCCGGCACGUCAGCCGCAUCAUGCGCAGAGCCGCCUUCGAGCAGAGCCUCCACUAA